AUGACAAGUCGUAAUUUAACUUCGAAUUUUCUGGAAUUUCGAAAUCGUGCUGUGCGUGAUAGAAAUUUUCAUCUCGACGAUAAAUCGAAUGAUGAUCGAACGGCAUUGAUUCAAAAUGAGGAUGAUGAAGUUGUGCAAUUCGAAACGGGCAGCGCACCAUCAUGGAUGGACUCGCAACGUCGAAUACAAUUACAAUUCGAUCAAGUUCGAAGUCGGAUGAAAAAACUUCAACAGUUGCAUGACAAACAUUUGACCAGACCUGAUUUUGAUGAAAACUCAAGUGAAGAAAAGGAAAUAGAAUCCAUUACCAAAGAUAUUACUGCAAUGUUAAAUGGAUGUCAUACAUCUGUCCAGCAACUAUCAGUAUACGCAAACAAAUCUCAUGCGAAUACGUACGAUAAACGUUUAUCUUCGAAUGUUGUACAAGCCACAGCAAGUGCUCUACAAGAUUUAACGAUCAAAUUUCGUAAAUGUCAGUCCACUUACCUUCAUAAGUUGAAAUCACGAAAAGAAAAUUUCAAUCGUAUUAUGCCCGAUCUUGAAAUCGAUAUGAAUUCCAAUCCGUUCGGUGAUCAGAAUGAUCUGGAUAAAAACUUUGAUCAGAUAUCGUUGACUUCCGAAGAUCAACUACAAUUAACUUCUCAAAACGUUGAACUCCUAGAGAAACGUGAUAAAGAAAUACGUGAAGUACUGAGAUCUAUUGAAGAUGUCAAUGAAAUCUUUCGUGAUGUUGCAGCACUCAUUUCCAAUCAAGGGACAAUUCUCGAUCAAAUUGAAUACAAUAUCGAAAACACUGUUGUGCAACUCGAGCAAGGAAAUAAACAUUUAGCUAAAGCAGUUGAACAUAAACGACGCGGUCUGAAAUAUCGAUUUCAAAAUGCUCAAGUUUUACUUUAUUUUGCUGAUCGGAUUCGCUAUUCCGACAUGAAACAAAAUCAAUCGAUUGACUAUCCAGUUGGAUUUAUGAGUCAAUCUAAUUACGAUGUUGUCAAACGAUACUUCCCUCAAAAUAUCAAAAGAAUCUUUUUCCAGAAUAAAACCGAAUUAUUAGAUGCAAUCGACAAAGAUGUAGUAAUCGCUGGCAUAACAACAGGUCGCUUAGCUGAAGACCUUGAGCCUCGUUAUCAUGUUUUCUCUUCGUUGAUUGUUUCUCCGCAAGCGAUGCUUCUUGCACCGAGUUAUCACGAACGAACAGCAGUCUAUGGUCUUAAAAAUCAAUCAAGCAGUGAUCUGUUCGUCGCACUCAAUGCUGCUAUUACUGAUGUUCAAAGAAUAGGUUCCGAUGAAACAUUACUCAAUCAAAACAAUCUAACCAAUCUAAUUCGUGCUUAUACAUGUCGACAAGAUUCUCAGUUACCAGUACCGAACCGUAAUGAAACAACGGGUUUUCUUCGAGAGAUUCUGUUGGAGAAAAAAACAUUGUUAAUCGGAGGAAUUGGACCGGUUGAUUGGGGCACCCACGAUGGAAAUUAUCAUCUAGAUCAGCCAGUAGGCUUUUAUCCGAAACUACUGGAGUCAAUUGUUCAACAGAUGGGUAAAUUACAAGGAUCUGAUGGAGUUCCCUAUAGUGAUAAUAUUGCUUUUAAGCGAAAAUAUUAUGCAAAUACUUCUGCACUUUUGAAAGAUUUACUCGACAGCAAAAUUCAUGCUACUGAUGUUUAUUUGCUUGUUGAUGGUUCAUACAAUGGUACAGGAGAGUCAUGUUCUAAUGAUACUCAAUGUCUAUCAGGAGAGUCGUGCAAAGAUGGUAUUUGUACAUAUCCAAAGGAACCACGAUAUCUUCAUUUUCUGACGACAUGUACAACGGCAAGUCGUGAUUCGAAGUUCAUAACAAAAAAGACGAGUGGAACAAUUAAAACUCAAACUGAUACACCCCGGGAAACACCAAAAACACGUUGGAUUGGAUUUGUUCUAGUAUUCGCUGCUCUUUUUGGCUCAAUAUUUAUUAUUUUACUCAUACUCGUUCGUCGAAAAGUACCCUAUCGUGUUCAACAUACGCUACGGGGUGGCUUCGGCAAGUUUGCUCGUCUUCAAGAAGAAACUGAACCACCGAUGGAUGGUCUUGAUGCCUUCGAAGACCAAAUCGUACAAUCACCCAGAGACAAUACUAAUUCAACAACGUAA